AUGUUUGUCCGAUCCCCUCGCAGGUUUGCGAUUCUUUCCUUUGUAGCGUUUGUCUUCAUAUUAGCCGUUCUGCAGCAGAGUCCGUGGGCGAAAGAGAGAGUGUACGAGCAGGUGUCGCUACUCAACUCGGCAUACAAGCCGCAUCAAGAACCGAUUCCAAACCAGAGCCAGGAGCAGUCCCAGGCCCACCUCGAAGAUGCGUGGCAACACGCAGUACCAGCGGCGACGCCAAGUCCACCCAUGACGAAGCCUGAGCCGAGUCAGACGGUGAAGAGCCCGUCGAGUGAUCCCGUCACGAAAACAAAGCCGCUUCCGCCAUGGAGGACCGCGCCAAGCAGGAUCGGUACUUUUAUCCCUCCCUUCCCACGGCCGACGGAUAUGAAGGCGUACAUGGCGAAGAUGCUCAAGUGGGGGAGACCCAGCUGGGAUGGCCACUGGCCGCCCUUCUCAGACUACGUCGGCAAGGAGUAUGAUCCAAACCGGUGGGAGCAAUUCGAUAUGGACUUUAGCAUUUACAACGCCGGACACGACGACCUCAACACCACCGCCGUGAACAGCCCGAUCGUGUACAAACCAUUUCCAAAGUACAACAACCCUGAGUGGCGGGAGAAGUGGCAUGGCGAGUACGUACCCUGUCUCGGACCUCGAGGCGUUGCGCUGAACGAGAGCACGGACGAUGAGAUCCAAGCUUACCGCGGUCUGCCCCACGGUUUCCCCAAGGCGUAUGCUGGUGGUUACGAUGUCAUUGGCCUUGACGAGGAUGUGUGUUUUGACCGGUACUCGCGUUACGGUCCCUACGGAUACGGCGACGACCAGUUCCCUGAGGAGGUCAAGGACUGGAGAGCGCCUGAAACGGUUCCUGAGUGGGACGAGGUGAAGUGGGGAGAGCUCCAGGACCUCUGUCUCGAGCUCAACAAGGACCGCUUCCGACCUGAGGCGAGAUCACCCAUUGUCAGGAUCCCGAGUACCGCCCUGCCCGCGCCCGCAGCUGCAUCUUCGGCUUUCGCGAUCCCUACCGACACCAGCCACAGCAACCUGGAAAACCGAGGGAAGCACGAAAAGAAGUAUCACCACCGUACGGCUAUCCUGAUCCGCGCAUGGACUGGUUACACUUAUGAGGAAAACGACAUUACCGCUAUCAGAGCCAUGGUUUCCGAGCUCUCGCUGCAAUCGGGAGGCGAAUAUGCCGUCUUCCUUUACGUGCACGUCAAGGACCGCUCACUCAAGAUCUUCGAGGACCAGGAGCUCUACGACAGAGUGUUGAACGAGAACGUUCCUGUAGAACUCCGCGACAUUGCCGUUCUAUGGUCGGAAGCUAUCUUUCCCAAUUGGUAUCCCAAGGUCAUGGACUGGCAGGUUUAUUGGCAACAGUUCAUGUGCCUCCAAUGGUUCAGUCUUACGCACCCCGAAUUUGACUACGUCUGGAACUGGGAGACGGACGCACGCUACACUGGACAUCAUUACCAUUUCUUCGAGAAGAUCAGCGAGUUUGCAGACAAACAGCCCAGGAAGCUACUUUGGGAGCGCAAUAAGCGAUACUACCUACCCGACGUCCACGGAGACUACCAAUCCUUCGUUGAGCAGACACACAAAGACGUCCUCAAUGCCUCGGCAAAUUCCCUCAUCCCAAGCCCAGUCUGGGGUCCUCGACCAUGGGCGCGCGCCGACCCGCCGCAAAAUCCCCUCGGCCCAACUCCGCCCACAAGCUUCGAAGAUGACGAUUUCACAUGGGGCGUCAACGAGCCUGCAGACUUCAUAACCCUGCUUCCUAUGUGGGACCCGCGCAACACAACCUGGUCCUACAAAGAUAAGAUCUGGAACUACCUCCCCAACAUCCGACCUAUCUUCACUUCGGAAGACGGACAAGCGGACUGGUUCACUCAUCCCGACUUUGAGCAGAUUGACCGCCGCGUCUUCAUCAACACCGUAGUCAGGUUCUCGAAGCGCAUGCUCCAGGCCAUGCACGAGGAGAACCUGGUGGGACGCAGUAUGCAAGCAGAAAUGUGGCCAUCGACCGUCGCUCUCCAACACGGCCUGAAAGCCGUCUACGCACCGCACCCCAUCUUCAACGACCGCCACUGGCCCGCCGCUUACAGUGAAGCCAUUUUCGACACAUCCUCCUCGGUCAACGAACUCGGCGGACCCGUCGAAUCCCGCCAGGGCGCGUGGUGCGAGGAGGCAGACUCGCCGUACAACCAUGACCGCGAAUUCAACUUCCAGGGCUGGAGCUGGUACUACGCCAGUCGCUUUCCCCGCAACCUCUACCGUCGCUGGCUCAACUGGCCAAUCUCCAAACAGCGCUGGGGCGAGGACGAACACACGGAUGGCGGACCCGGCAGCGAUGGCCGUUUUGAAGAGAAGCGAAUGUGUCUGCCGGGGAUACUGCUGCAUCCUGUCAAGAAGAUGAAGCGGGAUCUGAUCAAACUGUGA